AUGGGUGGUGGUCCAGCAGUCGCACAACCCAGUGAAGGGUUCCUUCAUCUCAUCACGGAGACGAGACCAUGGUAUAAGAACUCCAGACUUAUAAUCCUCAACCUAUGGGUAUGCCUCCUGUUGAUAACGUCCUCCACGAAUGGUUACGAUGGGAGUAUGAUGAACGGCCUGCAAAGCGUCAAGGAGUGGGAGAAGGCUUUUAACUACCCGACUGGUGGUAAAUUGGGUCUCCUCAACGCCAUUCAGAACAUCGGAUCUCUCGCAGCGUACCCCUUUUCUCCCUACCUCACCGACGGUCUCGGGCGACGUCCCGCAAUUUGCUUUGGCGCCUUCAUCAUGAUCGGAGCGACCAUCCUCCAGACUGCGUCCAACACCGUCGGGAUGUUUAUCGGCGCUCGGUUCCUGAUCGGUUUCGGUCUAACCUUCGCUGCUGCCGCCGCCCCACUGCUCGUCACCGAGAUCGCCUACCCGACGCACCGUGCCCAAGCGACGUCCAUGUACAACACCCUCUGGUACCUCGGUAGCAUCAUCGCGGCGUGGACGACAUUUGGUACCUUCCGGAUCCCGUCGAGCUGGGCAUGGCGUAUCCCCUCUGCUCUUCAGGCGUUGCCCUCAGUCAUCCAGGUCUUCUUGAUCUGGUUUGUACCAGAAUCUCCUCGUUCGCUCGUGAGCAAAGGCCGUGAGGAACAAGCACUAAAGACGUUGGCAUACUAUCACGCAAGAGGAAACGAAAAUGAUCCCCUUGUUCAAUACGAGUUUGAGGAAAUCAAAGCUGCCAUCAAGUUUGAUAAGGAGGUUGCAGCGAACGUAGGAUGGGUCUCGCUCUUCAAGUCCCCAGGAAACCGCCGCCGUAUGCGUAUUAUCAUCGCGCUCGCCUUCUUCUCCCAAUGGUCCGGCAAUGGUCUCGUCUCUUAUUAUCUUAACAAGGUCAUGAAUGCUAUCGGAAUCACCGACUCUGAUACUCAGCUCUUAAUCAAUGGCCUCCUCAACAUCUUCAACUUCAUCGUCGCCAUCAUCGCCGGAUUCCUGUGUGAUAAAAUCGGUCGACGGCGCCUCUUCAUGACCUCCACGAUCGGAAUGCUCAUCUUCUGGACGCUCCAAACCGUCUGCUUCUCACUUUAUUCUCAGCAUCAGGAUAUCAAGGCGGGGCACACCGUCAUUGCCAUGAUUUUCCUUUAUUAUGGAUUUUAUGACCUUGCAUUCACGCCUUUGAUUGUAUCAUACACGGUCGAAAUUCUUCCCUUCUCACUUCGUGCAAAGGGCUUCACCGUCUUCAACUUUGCCAUCUCCCUCUCCCUUAUCUUCAACCAAUACGUCAACCCAAUCGCUCUGAAUGCACUCGGGUGGAAAUACUACCUCGUGUACGUCGCCUGGCUCGCGUUCGAGACCGUCUUCUGCUAUUUCUUCAUCGUCGAAACCAAGAACCGCAGCCUCGAAGAGACCGCCGCGCUGUUCGACGGCGACGACACCGUCGCGAUGAUCGCGGGCAAGGCCGCCGAGCAGGCUGGCAUAACGCAUGCCCCCGUAACGGAUAAGAGUAGCACUGCCAGUGAUGAGAAGAUUGACUCUCACCAUAUCCACUAA